AUGUCCCAUUCUCAGCCACCUAAGAAGCUCCCCCAAAUUCACCUCAUGGUCAAGACACAUAAACACACACUCGCUCUCACCCUCGUCCCUACCCAAACAAUCCAGGACCUCAAAGCCCAAGCCAUUGACGCGCUUUCCCAGUUCUCCUCAUCUCCCGAGGAUGAGAAGGAAGCGGGAUUUCCAUUACGACCCGAGCUUGGGGACUUUGAGGUUAUGAGGAGGAAUGGGGACGAGUAUGAUGUGUUAGAGGAGAAGGAGACGGCUAUGGGGCUCAGACUCAUGGCGUGGGACAGAUUAUAUCUUGCUUGGAGGGAUAGCAAGGGGAAGCUCCUCCCCGUACAGCACGACAAGUUCUCGUUCUGGGGCGAAGACGAUGAGGAACCCGCCCCGUCCUCGUCAACGAAAGCGGCGGUCAACUCUGGCGUGGGACCGAAGGCGAAUGCGGGCGCUAAGGGGAAGCGGAAGAUGGAGGAUGACUACGAGCCGGAUGAGGACGAGAUGGAUGUAUGA